AUGAGCACGGUGGGUGGAGGACUUCUUUCGAAUUAUCUGAAUGGCGAGUCUCGCAGUCAAUCAAACGGCUGGGAACGGGAGGCGAACCGCGCUACGAUCCAAAACGGUCUCACCGACAGCAUGUCAGCCGGGCCUGUGAAGCUUGCAGGCAGAAGAAAACGAAGUGCACAGGAGAGAAAGCUGGUUGUAGGAAUUGCAUUGGUACUUCGGUACCCUGCAACUACACUGAUGGGAAAAGGGAAAAGACGAAGAAGUGCGCCCUUGCUGCACAUGGCCGAGCUUGUCAAACGGGUCGAGAUCCUCGAGAACGCGAUGAGCGGGCUGAGCUCUAAGUACGGUGUUCCGGUCGAGGAGCUAGCCCAGAACAUCAUCAGGGAAAAUCUUGAUGGGACAACUCGAGAAGACGUGGAAGCGAAGUGCCAGGAACUGCAGGAUACCGAAUUGAAGCACGAGGGAAUGGAGGCUCAGGACGCUCCCUUCAAGGAUUUGUCGUCCGCUCCAUCACCCGGUCCUGCAACUCAACCUUACGCAGAUAUGCCAUCAGGCAAUCAAAUGACAAGUGGGAUAAGUUCGUCUAGCGUGUCACCGGCCAGCGAAGUGCAAGACACCCCCAACCCCUACAUAAUACCGGAUCCUCAAUUUGUCCACCCUUCAGCUCCGGACAUGCUGGAACCCCAAGGGUUCUUCCGUCAAGAAUAUAACGAAUCGUUCAUUCUUAAUAACGACAGGACUCUUCAGUCUAAUGAGUUAACAAUGCACCACUCUACAAUGGACACUUUCACAACUAUGGCUGACUCUUGGGAGCAGCAUUUCUAA